AUGGACAGCUUGCUGGGAUUUCUUGGGCAUAACAACAGUGGUGGCACCCCACAGUAAGUUCAUCGGCUACUUUUAUUAUGUGUUAUCAUACUUAUGUUGAACUGAGAGCAAACAGUAGUCAGUUUUUAUCAGUGUUUGCAUGGGCUCCGGAGCUAAAAUUCGAAAAUGGUCGGAGCCGGAGCUUGAUUUUUUUUGGCACGGCCUCGGCUCCGCACAUUUUUUUUUCUUUUUUAUUUUUUUUGCUGGGAGAAGAGAAGGGCGGGGCGGGGCUUGCGCCUUUCUCCCGAAAAGCGCUUUUUCUUCUCCUUUUCAAAAAGAAGGGCGGAGCUUACGGGUGCUUUUUCGGGGAAAAAGAGGACAAAAAACUUUUUUUUUGCGAUUUGUUGUGAUAUAUUUCCCAAAAAGAAGAGAAACGAAAGAAAAGGAGAGCGUGAUCAUAUAGCGGAAUGGAUAAAGCGUUAUCCAUCGGUGUUGCACACGCAGGUUCGAACCUCGCUGCGUGCAAACGCUUAUUGCUUUUUGUUUGAUUAAAAAAAUGCUCUAAAAACACCACUAAUAAUAUACUAAAACUUAAUUACGGCGCGACUUUAGGCAGACCAGGCCAGGUUGAAGAAAAAUUACAAACUUUUAGCUAGAUUUACAUUCAAUCCUUUUACUUUAGCUACUAGAUUCAGCCAGCAUGAACAAUUCUUUAGCAGAUUGCAAGCAGUAGCUCUGUCGAAGUUUUGAAAAUCUAAACGUGUUGGUCAGGCAAAAGAGGCUAAUAGGGUUUAAUAGUUCGUACACAAAGUAAAGUUUAACUUUGUUUUGUUAAAUUAUAUAUUUUUUUGUUACAUCUUUCAAUUAAUAAAUGUUGUUAUAUAUGGCAAAACACGUCAAUAACACCAAAUUUAACGGUUUUUAACCAUUUUUAAAAAAAUCUGACCCGGAGCCGGAGCGGACUAAAAUAAGGGCUCCGGAGCCCGGAGCCGGAGCCCACUUUGAAAAAAGGUCGGAGCCGGAGCCGGAGCUGGAGCCAAAAAUUUCAAAAAUGCAAACACUGGUUUUUAUAUAAUUAUAUGCCAGUAUUGCUUCUUUAGAAAAACUGAAUUACUCUUCAAAGAAAAUAAUCUGAAUGCUGGUGGACAACAUCUGUCAAACGACACUUUCAAUAACAUGUGGCUGAUGUUGCUUGAAACUAUUGCAGUCAAUCAAAUGAACGAAGUUAAGGAGGGUAAGCAACAUAUUUAAGCUUGAAUUCAAAUCUAUUAUACGAUGAUUUAAACACUGAUUAGGGGAUUUAUUUGGAGUACUUUUCAAUGAUACUAAAAUUGCUAUUUUUUCUAAUUCUUUAUUGAACACAGAUUAUAUUGUUUAGAGAAGAAAUUGUCUACUGGAGCCGAAGACAAAAUAUGUCUGCUACAGGAACAGUUGGAAAAGUUACAGGCCGACAAUCGUGAUUUGAAGUUGCUGAGGAACAAAGUCGAUGUAGUGUACAAAGACUUGGUUAAGGAGGAGGAAGUUGUAAGUGCAAUAUUAACAGGGAAAAUUUAUUGGAAGAAUGUUUUAUAAAUCUUCUUUAUCAGUGAAUUUUGAUAAGCUCUGUCAGUUUAUUCAUAUAAGUUUUUUGAAAGAUUUACUGUAGUAGUGUCAUUGCAAUAAGCUAAUAUUUUCAGGCACUUCAAGCCUUUGUCGAGCACGCCACGUCUUUGCUGACAAAAUAUAAUGCUGAACUCGGCCGGUUGGAAAGCAUUAAUCAGUAAGUAGUUAAAUUUGAGUAUUAGUAGUGUGAAACAUUGAAAGUUGCACAGUAGGAUCUUCGUGUAAAGAUCCAUGACGAAACCUCUUGGAUUGUAUCUUUGUUUGUGUAUAAUUUGUCAUAGUUGGUUUUACUACUUUUUUUUGAAAAAUUUUGUGUAAAAAUUGUGAUUACAGAGGAAAGAGAGAGCAAAUAGAAACGUUGGAAAAGGAAAAUAAAGAACUGUACUCGGAAUGUGCUCGUCUCGAAAAUGAAGUUCAGAAAAUGGAUGAUGAAGUCACUUAUAAGGUAAAUCUUUAUUCUCUACUAUUUUUUGGCUAUAAAACCAAUGUUGAAGUCAUUAAAGCAGAUGUAUGUUUAAAAAGCUUCUUUAUACUUUUUUAAACUUACACUGCCUUUUGUUUCAGAAUCACUCAUACAUUCAAUCAAUCAUGAAGCAAUAA